UUGAUAUAAAUAAAUGGAGAAACGAAGAGCAAGUCCUGAAUUCCUUCAAAGAUUUAAAGGCAGGAUUCAUACAUUAAAGAGUGACAAACAGCUACACGAAAAGUUGUAUAAACCACGAAAUGUAAAAAUCGACCAGCUGAGAAGCCACAACAGAGAGAUAGUCUCUGGGAGCACAUCCCUGGUCACUCCUUCCUCCACAGAAGCAGAGAGCAAGGCUGAAUUUGUUAAGUCACCCAAUACACAAAAUCUGUACCAGAAGUUAAAACGAAAUAUCCAUUCCAUUAGAGACAUGGGUCUGAGUGAAAGCUCGGGGGCUGGAAGCAGGGGGAACAGUAUUAAUCCUACCCCUCUAGGAUCCCCUAAAAGAGACCUGAAAUGCCCUAAACUGUCCACGUUCAAAUAAACAUAAACAAGCUACAGAAGAUCCAUGUGAAAUCGAAACUGGCAAUAGGAAAUACUCUAAGUCCAAAAAGAGGACCUUCAAUAAUGCCAUUGUGCUGAAUAAUCCUAUGCCAAGGUCAGAUAAGAAACGGACUUUAAGGCCCAAGAGCAUUAAUAAAUCAAACAAUGACCUCAACUUCGACCGAGGGCCAGAUAGUAAUCACAUUUUGAGUCUCCAGAAUAGCCCAAGGGCAGGCUCCAGAAUUGAGAAUUUAUUUAUCCCAGACAUUCAGUCUACCGCUCAAUUAAUCGUGGAGAAGACGAAAAACAAGAGGUAUAAAAAACAAGACAUAAUGAAUAAGUGCAGCCGUCUAAAAGUCAGAUUUGACGAAGGCCGCAAUGAUAUCUCCCCCAUGAGAUCUCUUGACAGAUCCAGGAGGUUCCUCUCGUCAAGCGAGAUUAAGGAAUCUGCCGAAAAUUACUUAUUGGAAUCCUCAAUAUCCAACCAAAAGUGUCUUGAGAAAUUAGGUAAAUAUACCUCUCCAGCUAACAAGGGUCAGCAUCCCAGGUUUUCUCCUGACUUAGACCUCUACAAAUCAAUGAAACCAUCAGUUAUUCUGAAGAGGAAUCUUUACAAACUGAACAAGCAGCUUGAAUAACCAUGAUGGUUGUGAAGAGAUUCCUUUUAUUAUAU